GAGAUCUGGUCGUCUACUUCAGCAGCCAAGGCCAAUACUAGAGCACAGACAGUCAAUUCCAUGAAUGCUUGACAUUCUGUCGAAACUCGGCAAAUUCGCAAAAUCGGGUGCGCGCGAGAUAAGUGCGCCGUCUGAAGAUUUCAGAAUUCACCUCCGAGGACGUUAUGCAGAAUCGAACUGGUCGAGGGCUCGUUGCAACCAUGUCUAUACGGAACGUGGAGAAGAACAAUGAUUAAUGAACAUGUGCAGCUGUACACCUCAUUGCAAGGCUCAUACCACACCAUGACUAGUACUGCUUCACUUGAUAUUGAUUCAGAAUAUUGCGUCGAUGAUUUCUGCAAAUUGGUCCUGGGAGAUGUGGAAUCCGAGAAGCUAAAGACGGGGGGUACUGGUGUAGAUGAGACUCCUGAGACUGCACCUACCGUCGAAACCACAAUACACAAAGUGGAAUUGCUCAAGGACACUCGAUUCUCCGACUGGCGUCACGAGUUCGUCGUACUUACUCUGACUUACGAUGGUGAAAGGCGUCUGCUUUACUUGGAACAUUCUUGGGGUGGCGCAGGACUGAAAGAGCGAAUACCUGUGCCAACUCUUCGCAGUCUUUUUGGCAGUCAGAAAGACAGCGCAGAUGGAGCAGAGUUCUACAAACCUAAUGAUCCCCAUGAACAAGACCGUAGGAGAUUCACCAUGACUGUCCUCGAAAUCCAGUUUUCUGGUCCUCCUGCUCAUAAACCUGUCACUCUUCAUUCAAUUGCCAGGAUUCUAACGCAACUAGGAACGAAACAUGAAGCCUAUGCGUUGUUCAGUGCCAACUGCUGGGCUUGGUCUCGAUCCAUUGUCUUGACCAUGGCUCUGGAGUUUUGGAGAAACGUCGAGACAGUGACAAUGUCAGGGAGGGUUGUAACAUUGGAUCAACUCAAAUUUUACCUGAUGACCGAGUAUGGUGCGUUUGGGGGUAUGCUCUUAUAUUGCAUAGAGAAAGGGAGGCACGAC